AUGGAAAGCACUGAAGAAAAGAUUCUUUCAACAAGACGUUCUUUAGUUCGCCAAUCAGGAAUCCACAUACGGCCUCACGAAGUUCCAAUGCGUCCCGAAAUUCAUGUACCUCAACCAAGUCCAAUACAGCCGUCCUCACGUCAAUAUUCUCCAAGAAAUGCCCAACCUCAGAGCACUAGGCCGCAAUGUAAUAAUCAAUCGGAUAAUAUGCAACAUUCUGGUUCUGCAGCUACUAGUUCAAGAAUUACUAUCACUAUGACAAGUAUUACUACUAGUAGUCCACAAAAUUCUAAUACAACUACUUAUGUUACGACUGAGAUAGCACCCAGUGACAAUUCUGAAGCAUGCGAGAGUCAACCAAACGAAAUUUCAACUAACACCAAUGCUACUACUCCUGUUACUAGAACUACAAAUUAUUUUCAUUCACAAAGCAAUUUACCAAAUCAGACCACGACGGGUGCAACAAACUAUUCUCAUAACGCAAUGUACUAUAAUCCACAACCUAACAUUCAAGAUACUUAUCAACAGACAAAUUAUCUUAAAGACAUUUCAUCAACUUCCAACAAAAAUUCUUCAAUAACAUACUUGCCUAGUUCUCCAACUAUUCCAUACCACAACUAUUCAUCACACUAUAAUGAUCCUACGUCUCAUUGCAAUCAAUCCACUAAUAUCCCGUACAUGUGGAGUUCCAAUGAUCCUUGUACGGCUGGUCCAUCAACAUCAGCUUUGCAAAAUAGCGGAAAUUCAUUUCAAUCAAAUAUUAGUGAAUCAAAUACUCCUUCAACUUGUGGUUCUGAAUGUUGUACUGGUAAUAGUAAAUUUUCAGGAUCAAGACCACGAUAUUAUCGUCUUCCUGUUAUUAGUACUCUUAAUACAGUUUAUGAUGUAUGGAAUGAAUGGAAUGUUGGACUUGAUGGUAAUCCAUCAGUUGUUAUGAUGAUGGAAUCAUAUGGAAAUAAAUGGCUUCUCGAUAAUAGUAUUAUUUUAGCACCUAGAAAAAAAGUAAUUAAAGAAGUUCAACGUAAAGCAAUUGAGAUGGGAUUAGAUGAUGCUUUAAAUGAAUUAGAAAGAAUAAAAGGAAAAAAUGAUUUGGUUUGGUUAGCAGAAAAAAUAUCUAUGGAAGCAAACAAUUAA